GAUUCGUUUACCAUUUACCUUCGGUCGUUGGUUCCACCCGCUGCCUGUUGUUGACUAGCUCCUGAGCUCACCAAUUGCUUCCAUACAACACACCGUUGACCUAUUGCCACUUGUUCGGCAGUUUCCGGUCAUCAUUCAUAAUUCUGCAUUCGAGGCAUCAGGUACUUGUUGCGCCACUGGACAACGUUGCACGCAACAGACGAUUGCAAAUUUAAUUAUCCACUUGUCAAUACUCACCAGUUAAAGGUAAUCGCAUCAUGUCCCAAACAAUGCGCUGCACUUUGGUUGUCUGCGUGGCACUGGCUCUCUUUGCCGCUGGCUGCAACGUGGAGGCAUCCAAGGCGCGGCCGCCGCGCAACAAUGAGAUCAGCACCAUGGCGGAUGCAUUAAAGUAUCUGCAGGACCUCGACGUCUACUAUGGCGACAGAGCACGCGUGAGAUUUGGAAAGCGCGGCUCUGUAAUGCAGGCAAUUCGCAAUCGAGUACUUGAAAAUGGCAUCAACAGCUACAAUAAUGAAAAUAUCAAUGACAACGGCGGUGAAUUGAUACACGUCGCUGGUGAAGAUGAAAUGUUUUAAUGAUUGAGCGAAGAGAGAGUAUAAGGUUUAGGAUCUUGUUGCAUCAGUUUGGAGCAAUAGUUUAAAUGUAUACAACAAUUUCUGGUAGCAAAAAUACCAAAAAAUACUUAAAAUAUGAAUGUUAAAUUAAACUUAAAUGUUCAUUGCAAAAUACCCAUGAAUAUAUGGUAAA